AUGGCACCAUUCUUCGGCCUUCGAGGCAACAGCCUCAACAUCGCCGCUCUCCUCAGCGUAGUAAUGCCUGCAAUCAUGACAUUCGGGUACAACCAGUCCUUACUCGGAGGAAUGCUGACAUUUUCCACCUUCGAGAAACAAUUCCCUUUAAUCGACACCUUUCAUGCACGUGCCUCAGAGAAGAGCCAUAAAUCUACUAUUCAAGGCACUGUCACCGCCCUAUAUGCCGUUGGCGGUCUCUUUGGAGCCGUUUCGUGCAUUUGGCAGGGUGAUACCCUAGGCCGUCGACGGGUUAUCAUGAUUGCGGCUGUGAUUCAGAUCAUCGGCGCUAUUCUCAUGACCAGCGCCUUCAGUUUAGCGCAGCUUAUCGUCUCUCGCAUCCUGGUCGGAAUGGGGACCGGCGGCCUUUUAGCUACCGUCCCUGUUUGGCAGUCUGAGAUAUCGCCUGCUAGUAAGCGUGGAGCUCACGUCGUUACUACGGGUGUUUUCAUUGGUAUGGGAUUGUCUUUGGCGUUGUUUGUGGACCUGAGUCUCUCUUUUGUCCAUGGCAGUCUUUCAUGGCGCUUUCCGUGUGCCUUCCAGAUUUUGCUGUCUUUGAUGGUGCUUGUAUUUGUCAACUUCAUGCCGGACUCCCCUCGUUGGUUGGUCCGACAAAACCGAGUACCCGAAGCUCGCGAAAUUCUGGCCGUAUUGGAUGAUGUGGAUACAACUUCUCCGGAGAUUGAAGCCGAGAUUCGAGAUGUCCAACAUUCCCUGGAGCUGUCUGGAUCAAUAUCUGUGCGCGAGAUCUUUUCAAUGGGCCCUCAGAAGAUCCUCUAUCGGACCAUUCUUGCUUGUUCAGUUCUGAUGUUUCUUCAAUUAACCGGUGUCAACGCCAUCACUUUCUACACAACUACAAUCUUCCAAAAGAACCUCCUCCUAGACUCCCUCACCUCCCGAAUCCUAGCAGCAAUCUACCAAGUCGUCAGCCCUAUCGGCGGCAUCGUCGCCAUCUACACAAUCGAACGCUUCGGUCGACGCGGAUUAAUGCUAAUCAGCGCCGCCGGAAAUGCCGUUUGUCUCGCCCUCGUAGCCGGUCUCGGUUCCCAACCACACAAUAAACAUGCCAUUGACGGCGCUGUGUUUUUCACAUUCUUUUUCCAUUUCACUUACGUCCUCGGAUUCGGUGGGAUUCCUUUCUUAUAUGCUACUGAAAUCGCACCCCUUCGUCUACGAGCAGCCAUUAGUGGUUUGGGAGUCGCUACAUUCUGGGCAUUUAACUUCUUAAUGGCUGAAGUUACCCCCGUGGCUUUUAACGCCAUGACAUGGCGAUAUUUUAUUAUUUUCGCAGGGUUGAACGCGCUCAUGAUGCCGAUUAUUUAUUAUUUCUUCCCAGAAACUGCGGGAAGAAAUCUAGAAGAAAUAGAUGAGAUCUUUGCCCUGUCCGAGACGAUUCUAGAUCCUGUUCGUGUCGCAAAACGGCUUCUGCACCGGCACGUGGGGGACUCGGAGCCGCAUGAGAGAGAUAUCGAGAAGAUAAGUAAGGAUUUUAAACGGGCGCAGGAUUCGGAGCGAGAUGUAACCUUUGCGCAGGUGGAGCGUGCUGAUGAGUGA